AUGGCCACAGUGGCGACGGAUAAGCCGCAGCAAAAGCAGGAUCGAAUUUGGACCUCGACCUUGGCCAUGGUGGAGAAAAAAGUGGGAAAUAUCAGGUACAAGGCGAGUCAAAUGGAAUUGAAUCAAAUCGAAGUCGAAAAGGAGGACGAUCGAAGUGGCGGCGGCGAAAUUGAGGCGUCGGCGGUCGACCACACCCCUGUUGUUUCGCCUUCUGCUGCUGCGGAAGAAGAAGAACGUCGACUUCUCCUCUUUUCUUCUUCUUCUUCUGCGGUGACGCGCCCCGAUUGGUUACAAGGCCGCCGUGGCGCUUUGGCAAACCGCCCGAUGAUCGGCACGGCAAAAACCGGUAGCUCAGGCCAUCGAUUUCCGCGGUUUUUGACUGCUGGAUUUGGCUGUUUUCACGUUUUCCAAGUCAACAUUGACGGCUUAUCCCAUUGUUGCAUCCGACGCGAUACGAGGGCAGCCAACAAUACUCAUUCUUUCGCGUGCCUUUGUGCCUUUCGCCUGGAACGACCGCCAUCUGCAAUUGUUUUGGAAAGUGUGGGAAUGACCCUGGCGCAAGGACUCGAGAAAAAAAAAGAAAGAAAGAGAACUUCCCAAAAAUGCAAAUUAAUCAGUUUUCUCUAA